AUGUCCGUCAAGAAUUUCGUCGCGUUUUCGGGUAAGUAUGCUAACUGGUCGAUAAUGAAGCUUGUCAAGUGCAAAAUUCAGCCGUCCCCGGGCAUGUCAAAGUUGGUCUAUGAUAAAUCUACUGGGAAGAUGUAUGUGGGCUUCUUGAAUCAUGCUGCAGGCCCCGGGCCCCGGAGAUCCCACACUAAACUCCAACUCUUAUUUUUUAGGCACAUUGCCGGUUUCCGAGCCGCCCUCCCCGCGGAUGGACAAAGCAAAUGGAGUAAUUCCAUCUUUAUGUUGUACGGUCUGGCUAAAAGGCCCGGAGGAUCUGAUCGGACUGAAUUUGAGCAGGGAUUGGAGUUCUGA